AACUGCUGAUAACUUCAGCCAGCCACAUCAACGCAGGUCUGACUCUGACAAGUCGUCGACUGCUCUGCCUUUGGGAGUGCGUUUGUACUCGCUAAAUCCACAGAUGAAUAGGCUGUCGUAACAUCUAAGACAUUGCUUUACAACUAUUAAUUAUAUAUUUUUAACAUAUAGAUCGAUUAUUAUCAUGGAACGAAAUAGUCGCCUGUUGUUUUGAAGUAGCUAGCUACGACGACUUAAUAGCAGCUAGCUCGCUAGCUAAGGCAAGAUACUGGUAACUAGCUCCUAUCUGAGGUUACGUUGUUUUUCCAAAGGAAAAAAGGUUGCUACGUCUUAACUAGCGAAUAACAAAAAACAAACUACGUUAACUAGCUAGUCUAGCUAGCUAAAACUAUUAUUUAAUUGGGUGGCUUUCUGUUCCUUUGGAUGCGGAAGAUGGCCCAGUCACCGGGUGCGGUGCAAGUGCCUGGGAUGCAGAACAGCCGGACGGACCCUGAGGAGCUGUUCACCAAGCUGGAGCGUAUUGGGAAGGGCUCCUUUGGCGAGGUGUUCAAGGGCAUCGACAACCGCACCCAGAAAGUGGUGGCCAUCAAGACCAUAGACCUGGAAGAAGCUGAGGAUGAGAUGGAGGACAUCCAGCAGGAGAUCACCGUGCUCAGCCAGUGUGACAGCCCCUACGUCACCAAGUACUACGGCUCCUACCUCAAGGGCAGUAAACUAUGGAUCAUUAUGGAGUACCUUGGUGGUGGCUCAGCUCUGGACCUGCUGCGAGCAGGGCCCUUUGAUGAGUUCCAGAUUGCCACCAUGCUGAAGGAGAUCUUGAAGGGCCUGGACUACCUCCACUCCGAGAGGAAGAUCCACAGAGAUAUCAAAGCGGCCAACGUUCUUCUGUCAGAGUGUGGCGAGGUGAAACUGGCAGACUUUGGUGUGGCGGGCCAGCUGACAGACACCCAGAUCAAGCGGGAGACGUUUGUGGGAACGCCCUUCUGGAUGGCCCCCGAGGUCAUCCAACAGUCUGCCUACGACCACAAGGCUGAUAUCUGGUCUCUGGGCAUCACUGCCAUUGAGCUGGCCAAGGGUGAGCCUCCCAACUCAGACAUGCACCCUAUGCGGGUCCUCUUCCUCAUACCAAAGAACACCCCACCCACACUCAGCGGAGAUUUCUCCAAGACCUUCAAAGACUUUAUAGACUCCUGCCUCAACAAAGACCCUUCAUUUAGGCCAACAGCUAAGGAGCUUCUGAAGCACAAGUUCAUAGUGAAGAAUGCCAAGAGGACGUCCUACCUCACUGAGCUGAUAGACCGGUUGAAACGCUGGAAGGCCGAGGGUCACAGUGAUGGAGACUCCAGCUCUGAUGACUCUGACUCGGAGUCUAGUAACAAGGAGAACAACUCCUCCCAGCCAGGCUGGUCCUUUACUACAGUUCGCAAGAAGAAAGACCCUAAGAAGGUUUCCAAUGGAACGGACCAAGACCUCCUGAAGAAAUCUACCAGCUUGACCACGCUGAUUGCCCCAGUAUUCACUGAGCUGAAGCUGCAGCGCAGGGAUGGAGAGAUGAAGGGAGUGAUGGAGGACUUGGAGAAAAGCAUCCACCUGGCUGAGGACAUCUGCCCCGGAGUCACAGACAAGAUGGUCAACCGCAUCGUCGACAAGUUCCAGAGAUUGUCUGUCAGUUAGUGGCAUGUGGAGGGCAGGUUUAGACGCUUGAUGAGGACCACGCCUCCAGAGUGCAUCAUCAGCCUCUAUGCCUUUUCCCAUCAUCCCCCCAUUCCUUU